AUGACAUAUUACAGUAGGCAACAUUACUGGAGAAAAUGCCCUUGCAAUUCCCUGAUCGAAGCUAAUCUGCAAGGUUGUCAGCAGGCGCCAUGCGUUUUGGACGGAGGAAGCAGAGUUCAGUUGGAAAUCAAGUUCAGAUCAGAGGAUCUGAUUUCAGGCAAGGCGAAGAUGUGUCUGACACAUUUGUCACGCACCAGUUGUGAUCCGGAUGUGGCUGGCAUUUACAAUAUCUGUGACCAAAUCAAAAAUGGAUGUACACGAAUUCGCCCUGGACCAUACACUUACAAUACAGAAGUCUGGGUACCUGACGUUCAGUUUAAUUUCAACGCAACUUACAAGUUGUACGACAGUCAAUGCGCUCUGGUCGCUUGCGUGCGUUUUCCGAUUUCCGUUAGAUCGACCAACCGGGAUCCAUCGAAUAUUCGACGUGUUGGGAAUGACAUUCCAUGCCCCGAAUGA